UCAUUGGGCCAAGAUUUAUUUAAUUACUUGAGCCGAUGAGUUAUUUCAAUUGGGCCUCUCAUGUUAAUUAUUCAAGCCCACUUCUACUUAAUUAAUUAUUAGGCUACCUUAUGUUGAGCCUUUUAAUUAUUUAAUCUUAUAACAUUACUUGUUCCUAUUUAUUAAGCCCGAUUAAUUAUGAGGUUAUAAAGCGAAUAAGUUGAAGUAUUUAUUUAUUUUCUAUUGACUACGAGGAACGGGGUUUAUUUAAUUGACGGAUUAGAACACCCGAAGAGAACGGAUUAAUUUUUGUUAAUUAUCCGGCUUCAUGAGACGAGACUUAGCUUUUGUUUAAAUCCGAUAAUCUGGAUUAGCAAUAAAAAAAUUCCCUGAUUAUUAUCUCAGAAUAAUAGUUCAUGCAUACGAGAUUCAUGCAUAAUUAAAUUACACAUUCUCAUUUAAUUAAGAAUUUCCCUCGAUUUAAAGUCUUAUGUUAUUUUCUCGGAUUAAAGGUCGAGCGCAAGAAUAAGAGCUCGUCAAGGAGUCACUAAUCUGUAGCAAAGCUUUGCUAUCAGGUGGGUUACUUUCAUAUAUAUCAAAUGAGUUUAAUGUUAUGUUUGAACAGUUAUUUCAUUGCAAAAUCAUUGAACUGAAAAUUUUUUCAACUGUUGUCUUGCCAUAAAUGUUUCAAUGUUUGGUAUGAUAUCUAUCUGAUGUGGCUUUGCCAGUUAUUAUGCAAUCGAAUUCGGGUCCUGAGCAGUUGAUAGCUAUCCUGCCAGGGCUAGUGUACACCAGUGACCGUGAGUCAUCUAGCGGGUUGGCCGGUCAAGUGUCCGUGAGAGGUGGCCACCUCUCCGGCACAAAGUUCCAGAUAUGAUAGAUUACAAGAGAACUUAGACUGCAGUCGAACUUUAAGAAUCACAACUGAAUUUAGUAAGCUUGGGCCUUUUUAGCGAAAAACCCCUUGCUGUACUGUUUAUGAUGGCAUGACAAUUUAAAUCUUUACGAAGCAUAUUAUAUUUCAUAGUAGGCAUAUGUGCCCACUGAGUACCUUUGUACUCAGCCCUGCAUGUAUUUCUAAAUGUGCAGGUUGAGCAGUAGACGAUGGUGAUGAAGUGACGAGUGGAAUCCUCUUUUGUCGCAAUAUUAUAUGCUAUGAAAAACUUUAGGGUUACAUGUCUUCAUACAUGUAAUCAGAACCUUAUUCCGCUGCGUACUCAGAAGUUUUAUGUUAUUUUGGAUAAGUCGGAGUUAUCCGAACUUAUUAGUUAUUUAAGUCUAUACGACUAAAGCUCUGUUAUAUUUAUAAAUAUCCCUGUUGUAAAAAAAUGGUAAUGCGAUCCUUUCUUGUUUGAUUAUUCCCCUUUCUACCCCGCUUCUAAUCUCCCUCCAUUAGUCACGGUUUCCCCGGCUUAAUUAUCCUUAUUUAGGUCCGGUCGUGACAGAGUGGUAUCAGAGCAAAUGAUUUGCUCUGAACCCUAGAGUUAGCCCAUUUUUCUAGUAUGAUCACUAGUAUAUAUGAGUCAGUCAACCAAAGCUCAUCACUUCAUCACAUCGUCAUGCUCAGCAAGAAAGAAGGUGGUAAUGAUUUUAAAACAUUGAGAAGUUCACGUUUUAUAUGAAUGUACUGAUGCUUACAUUCAAGUUUAUGCAUUAUUGAUUGAUUAGAUAUCUCAAUGAACUUAGAUGCGUUAAGAAUGCAUGAUCACUAUUACGAGAAGAACAAUAGAAGCUAGAAACUCAGUUAUAUUUCACUAUAGCCAUGGUGAAGAGCUAAGAAAGAGGAAGAGAAUCCAAUGAAAGCAGUGCAAGCAGAGUGCCACUCACGAAUCACUGAAGCAUGCAUAGUUCUUCAUUCAGGUUGUUCACGCGUGACAGAACACCGAAUCGACUAUUGCCUUAUUUGAUGAUAGAUCACGUGAGUCAUUGCUCGUAGCGACGGGUGUGACUUAUGUAAUCAGUUAGCUAUCGCAUAAUGAGCUAAGACUCAUUACUAACUCUCGAUUAUCACCAGUUAUGGCAUGAAGAGAACCUUCAUGAUUUAUGUUCGAACUUCAGAGUCAGACUCACAUGCAGUUAUAACACUUUGUGUAUGAUGUUAUAGCAUCGCGAUUAGAACUGCCAGCUUACAGUUUCAGAUAUUCAGAACCUUUAUGAUUACAAUUACCUAUUAUAUUACACGUGAGCAUGAUUUAGAAUCCCUAUUGAUUACGAUCACCUGCUACAAAUCGAAAGGAGGAUAGGUGCCAUGGGUAACUAGAAGUUACCAACCAUUAUGAUUGACUAGAAAAAUAUAUACAAGUGCGUAAGACGGGAGGAGUUCCUAAAGAUCGUUUGGAGUUUAACAAGAGCUAAAAAUAUCGACAACGGUUCGAUGUUAAAGUUAAGAGAUUGAGAUUAUGAUGAGAGACUAAGCAGGUAAAGUAUGCAUACUUUAGUCGAUCAGAGACAUUCCCCAGUUAGAACAUUUUAGAUUAAACAUUCGGUUUAGUAGCCAAAAUGCAAGCAUUGACUAAGGUCAUUCCAUGACUUAGUAUUUUGUGUGGUGACACAUACCUUGCAAAGAUGCUCAGAGAUGCAAAAUCUAUUUCCUGUAAAGGCGUGAGAGUGCUUCGAAUUAUAUGGUUGCAUUUUAAGCGCUAUGUGAAUGAACACUAAGUACUAGAAGUACUACAUUAAGAGCAUGUAGAGGAAGAUUGUUGAGUAAGGUUGAACCUAUCUUAUUUCGCCUAUAAAAGAUGUUUAAGGAUUGCAUUAAAUUAGGAGGCAGACUCCAAGUUUGAGAAGCUCUAGAAUAUUCUCAAGGACAUGUUCAAGAUGUUAAGAAGAAAGUGGUGAUUUUAGACCAAAUAUACCUUUUGCAGCCAAUGAACAAGAGUUACCAAGUUCGGAAAAGUAUUUCCGAGUGAUUGAGAAGUAGUUGUGUCGGACCUGGCCAGUCCACAUGGCCAAAAUCUCAGUAGUCGUCAUAUAUGGGUCUUUAAACCUAUAUAUUUUAAACCUUCAUCUGAAAAGCCAAACGGGUUCAGACUAUUAGGUCAUUUCGUUUCGACCUUUCAGUCAAUUCAUUUCUACCCUAUGGUUAUUCAUUUUCAAUUGUUUGGCAAAUUAUUGAAACACUUUGCCUAAUUGCCAUUUGUGAUUUGAAUCAUUGCGAUCUACUAGCUGUUGGUAGAUUUUCUGUGACCCAAGGAUAAACAGAUACUCAUCAGAUUAAAUCAGUCAAACACGUAUGCUUCAACCCAAGGGUCAAGCACGUAAUGCAUACAGACAAUCUCUUGUGCAUUUAGUAGGACGUUAUUUGUGUAUUUCGAAAACGAUGAUCAUUUCGAUGCUUUUGUAUGCCCCUAUGUUGGCUUAGUUAUUUUGACUAGUAUUAGUACGGAGACACGAAACCUUGGGGCGUUCUGUGACUGAGUACUUUUCAUGAUGACUUUGCAAGGUAGCCAGUUCAUCAUGUGUGGUACUUAGAUAGACCUUUGAAUCUAGACUUUUAUGAUGAUGUAAAGUCCUCAUUGAGGCAAUUUUCCCUAUGUUAUAUAUAGUGACCUUAUUGGUCUUUCACGACAAGUCGUCCCGCUAUGUUUUAAUUAUAUGAUCGCUUAAGUUUUAGCAGGAACAGAACUCGAUGAGUUAAGGAGUAACUAUAGAAAUGAUAGUAUGUCCUUAUUGCAUUUUAAUGCGCUGAUAAUUUGUGUUUUUACUCAUUAGAAUGCCACCAAGACGAGGGCGUCCGAGAGGAGGGGGAAGGAUUCCCCGGAAUGAUGAGAGAGGCCCAGAAGCAGGGCCAGAACCUGAAUUAGUUCAACCACCUGUUCAGCCAGAACGACGGAUUGAAGAAUUAUUCUUGCGACAGAACCCACCUACCUUCAACGGAACAGGAGACCCGGCAGAAGCUGAAACUUGGGUUCGUGCUAUUGAGCGCAUUUUCAAUUUCCUGCGUUGCGCCGACCAAGAACGCCUGACUUGUAUGUCCUUUCAGUUGACUGGGUCAGCUGAUUUCUGGUGGGAAGCACGGAUGAAAACGAUGACAGCAGAGCAGAUAGAAAACCUGACUUGGGAACAAUUCAACGCCGGUAUAUAUGACAAGUAUAUACCCAAGAGCUACCGCAAGAAAAAGGCAGCUGAAUUUUAUAAUCUAAAGCAAGGGAAGAUGUCGGUAACUCAAUACGACAGGAUGUUCUGCGAUAUGUCUAGAUAUGCGCCGGAACAAGUUGACACAGAUGAGAAGAUGGCUGAAAAGUUUUGUGCCGGUCUGAGGCACGAGAUUAGGAUGGCUUUGGCAAGCCACGGAGGAUUAUCUUACACUGAGUCGCUCAGCCGAGCGUUAGACAUUGAGGCAGCCAUGCCAGGAGAAAGACUUGCAAUUGUACCUGCGCCAGCACUUCCACAUGAUCAAAAUCAUAAUCAGAAUUUCAAAGGAAAGAGGAGAUGGGACAACAGCAACCCGAACCAAGGCGAGAAGAGGCCAUGGCAGGGACGGGUUUUCCAGUCACAGGGUUAUGGAAGCCAGGGCGCACCGAAACAGAUGGGAAAUAACCAACAGAGGGCCCCACAUUGUCCCAAAUGUAACAAAAGUCAUAUGGGAAUUUGUAAGGCCGGCAGUGAUAGUUGCUAUAUCUGCAACCAGAAGGGGCACUAUGCAAACCGGUGCCCGAAUAAGCAACACGGAACGGGUUCAAGACCAAACCCACCUAUUCAGGCUCCGCAUCUGCGAGCAAUCCAAGCUUUGCCCCAACCAUACCCAAGGCAGCAACCACAAUAUCAGCAGCCACAGCAGCACCAACAGUUACAGUACCAACCACAACCUCAACAACCGUAUCAGCAACAGGCCCGUCAACAACAGCAGCGACAACAAAAACAACAUGAAAAACCUCGUCAUGCUAGAGCCUAUGCUAUGAGGCAGAAGCAGCCCGAGAACAACCAGGGAAACCUGGCAGGUAUGGGCAUGCUACUCAAUACUCCUGUUGUACUUCUAUUUGAUACGGGCGCAUCGCAUACUUUCAUUUCAAGUACAUGUGUUGAUACAUUAAAACUUAAAAUGGAAAGAGCUGACCAGGAGUUGAGUAUAUCAUCACCUAUAGGAGGGAUGACGACAGUAGAUCAUGUGUGCUUGAACCUAGAACUAAACAUAGGGACACACAAGAUUGUAGUGAACAACUCGUAUGUUAUACCGAUGGGAGAUGUGGACAUAAUCCUAGGAAUGGACUGGCUAGCCGAGAACUAUGCCACCAUCCUCUGUAAUGAAAGACGGAUAUCAUUCCGACCCCCAGGAAGGGAGCCGUCACAUUUCCACAUAAUUAGUAUGGGGAGAAGAAAGAUGAUCAUCUCCGCCCUACAAGCAACGAAAAUGAUGAAUAAGGGAUACCCAGCUUACCUUGUAUACUUGCACGGAGAACGAGGAACUGAAAGGAGUAUAGAAGAUGUAGCAAUUGUACGGGACUUUUCAGAUGUAUUUCCAGAGAUUCUGCCAGGGCCACCACCGGACAGACCAAUUGAGUUUACCAUUGAUUUGGAGCCCGGGGCAGCUCCCAUUUCGAAGGCACCAUACCGGAUGGCUCCUAAAGAGUUGGAAGAACUCAAGAUACAACUACAAGAACUUUUGGAACUUGGAUUCAUUAGGCCAAGUGUAUCACCUUGGGGUGCACCCGUACUUUUUGUGAAGAAAAAGGAUGGCACAUUGCGAAUGUGUAUAGACUAUAGAGAACUGAACAAAGUGACACUCAAAAACAAAUAUCCUUUACCAAGGAUAGAUGACCUCUUCGACCAGCUCAAGGGAGCAAGUGUGUUCUCGAAGAUUGAUUUGCGAUCUGGUUAUCACCAGCUGAAGAUUCGACCAGAAGACGUACCUAAGACGGCGUUUCGAACUAGGUAUGGCCACUACGAAUUUGUAGUUGUGCCAUUCGGGCUAACUAAUGCGCCAGCCGUGUUCAUGGACCUCAUGAAUCGAGUAUUUCAUCCGUACUUAGACAAAUUUGUCUUGGUGUUUAUAGAUGACAUCCUGAUUUACUCGAAGAACGAGAAAGACCAUGAGGAACAUCUGAGAAUUGUCCUAGAAACGUUGAGAACGGAGCGCCUUUAUGCCAAAUUCAGCAAGUGUGAGUUUUGGCUCAGCGAAGUCACGUUUUUAGGACAUAUUGUGUCAUCAGAAGGGAUUAAAGUGGACCCUGAAAAAGUGCAAGCAGUGCGCGAAUGGAGAUCGCCUACUAACCCUAAUGAGAUAAGAAGUUUCUUAGGAUAGGCAGGU